ACCACUGCCAAAAAGAAUCUCACAAAAUUGACCAUAGAGUGAAGAGAGACAAAAAUGGGCCGAGCUACGAGGUGGUUCAAAGGUUUGUUCGGAAUAAAACCCUCUUCAUGUUCCGGCUCCGGCGUCAUUUCCAACCGCCUUGACCGUUCUGCACUCCCUGCGGCUGGAGUGUCACUAUGCGACAGCUACGAGACGAUACCUCCUAACAUUUCGGAGAAAGAAGCUGCGUGGCUAAGGUCGUUCUACGCGGCCGGGGAGGAAGAGAUAGAGCGUAGAGCGCAUGCAAUUGCAAUUGCUGCGGCCACAGCUGCUGCCGCUGACGCAGCGGUUGCGGCGGCUAAAGCUGCGGCUGCGGUUGUAAAGCUCACGGGUCAAGGGAAGAGUGGUCCGCUAAGUGGUGGAAAAAGCCGUGAGAAUCGUGCCGCUAUGCAGAUCCAAUGUGCCUUUAGAGGCUACUUGGCGAGAAAAGCGUUGAGAGCGUUGAAAGGAGUGGUGAAGAUACAAGCUUUAGUUAGAGGUUUUUUGGUACGGAAGCAAGCGGCGGCUACUCUCCGGAGUAUGGAGGCACUUGUUAGAGCUCAGGCCACUGUUAAGUUUCAGAGAGCUCUUCGCCGUAUCGGAAACGCUGCUCCGGCGAGAAAGUCCACGGAAAGAUUCUCCGGAUCUUUGGAAAACCGAAACAGUGGCGAAGAGACAGCUAAGAUAGUGGAGGUAGAUACAGGGACCAGACCCGGACCUUAUAGAAUCCGAGGACCCGUUUUAUCCGGUUCGGAUUUUUUAGACAACCCGUUUCGACGCACGCUCUCUUCCCCGCUCUCGGGUCGGGUCCCACCGCGUCUGACAAUGCCCAAAUCCGAAUGGGAGGAUUGCAGCAGCAAGUUCCCUUCGGCGCAGAGCACGCCUCGUUUCGCCGGAGGGUCACCGUCGAGGAGCGUAUGCUGCUCCGGCGGCGGAGUAGAGGCGGAUGCGGAGGCUGAGGUGGAUGCUCACCGGUUCUGUUUAUUGUCGGGAGAUUAUCAUUCGAGCUACAUGGCGGAUGCGACGUCGUUUAGGGCGAAACUGAGGUCGCAGAGCGCGCCGAGACAGAGGCCGGAUAUUAAUACUGCCUGCGGCGGUUGGAGGAAAAGUAUCGGCGGAAAUGGUGGUUUGCCGGUGCAGAGACCGUCGUGUUCCGGUGUUCGAGAAGCCGUAGUCGGGAAUAUCGAAAGGCGUCGGGUUCAGUGGUGAUUCUUAUCGAUAUCAUAUAAAUUAGUCUUUCGUCAGGGAUAUAAUAUGAUUAUUGAACGAUGUUGAAAGGAAGAAAGGAUUAUUGAAUAUUGUUUGAUA